AGAAAAAAGAAAAAAAAGAAAAUUAACACAACCAAACCCGGAGUAGACUAAGGUUGCACAUGUCACACAAACUGUUAUUUUGGUCAUCCACAUGCACCAGCAGCAGUAAACACAAAGCCGCCCAAACGGAUCUGCUGGUAACUUUGAGUACAACUUUUUGGAGUCAACAGCAAUAAAGAGAGCGAGGGGGCGGAACCCUGCUGAGCCCCUGCGCUGAACAACAGCCAAUCGCUUCGUUCUCCUAACUGCCAGUCACCGAAAUCCGUCCAAUACCCGCAGUGCCAUUUCUAAACUGUAUUCCCCACUGUGUCCUCCAACUGUUGUAUGUUCUGCCAAUCGCUUGAGGACAGAGUGGGAAAAGGAGCAAGCAGAGUUAGAAGCCGGACAAAAGAACUUAUAGACCCCUUAUAUACAUAUUUUCGUAAUGUUUUAGAGAGCGUAGUGUGGUGGGAAAAAAAACAGUUGCGGUGAGUGCGGAUGGACUUGUCAGUGUAGUUAUGGAACCCCCUUUAAGCAAGAGGAAUCCGGCGAUAAGAUUAGCGGAUUUGGCAGCGACUCAACCCCUUCCUCAUCAGAAUAUGACAGGCUUCCCGGGGCUAGGGGGGCAUCACCCUCUCUCCCACCAUGCCCACCUCCACCCUGGGGAGCUGGGCAACGACCCCGGAGUGGCACUCACUCCAUUUGGACCAGAGCACAUGGCACAGACAAAUGCUCUCAAACUUAGCCCAUCUCAGCACAUUCAGAGCCAUCCCGAAGCCCAGACCGCGGCAUCUUUCACUUCUGCUCAGACCACAGUUGGUUUCCCCGUGGCUCACCCCCACUCAGGCUACUCAAGCAGCAGGGACUUCAUCCUCAGGAGAGAACUCUCAGCCUCUGCUAUGCAUGCACUUGGCGACCAGCAUAGUUCCGCCUCCUCCCCUCAUCACCAUGGCAUGUUCAUCUCCCCAACAGGUGCUUAUGGGCACACGGAAAGUGGGGCCCAUUCACUUUUCACUGGACUUCACGACCAGGCGUCCCCAGGUGCCCACCACCAUGCCCUCAACGGGCAGAUGCGCCUCGGUAUACCGGGGGACAUCUAUGGCAGGCCAGAGCACUUCGGGCACAGGCCAGAGCACUAUGGACCGUCUUCUCUCCACAGCUACAACUCCAUGAACCUCAAUGUGAACAUCGCUUCUGCUCCUCACGGAGCCGCGGGGGCGUUUUUAAGAUACAUGCGGCAGCCCAUAAAGCAAGAGCUAAUCUGCAAAUGGAUCGACCAGGAGCAAAGUCAAAAAAAGCCCUGCUCUAAAACUUACAGCACCAUGCACGAACUGGUUAACCACGUCACGGUGGAGCAUGUCGGGGGACCGGAGCAGAGCACCCACGUCUGUUUCUGGGAGGAAUGUCCACGAGAAGGAAAAGCUUUCAAAGCGAAGUACAAACUGAUAAACCACAUCCGAGUUCACACGGGAGAAAAGCCUUUCCCGUGUCCUUUCCCGGGAUGUGGGAAAGUGUUCGCGCGAUCGGAGAAUCUAAAAAUUCACAAGAGAACUCACACAGGAGAGAAACCUUUCAAGUGCGAGUUUGACGGCUGUGACCGAAAAUUCGCCAACAGCAGCGACCGGAAGAAGCACUCUCACGUCCACACCAGCGACAAGCCUUACUACUGCAAAGUGCGCGGCUGUGACAAAUCCUACACACACCCGAGCUCGUUGCGGAAACACAUGAAAGUGCACUGCAAGUCCCCUCCGCCCCCUGCCACCAAUGUCACCUAUAUUUCCUCCACAAACCCUCUCGGAGACCCUCUUUCGCCCACUUCUGAACCGCACAGGAACCGCUCUGCGAACCUCUCCCCUCAGGUCACCAACCUCAACGAGUGGUACGUGUGCCAGGGGAGCGGAGGGCCCAACCACCUUCACACCCCCUCCAGCGAUGUGCCAACUACAGAUUCAGACGACGAGGACUCUUUCAGAAAUUCAGACCCGAGGACAAUGCUCUGAUACCUGGUAUACAUCCAUGGGGACUUUCAAACUUGUCAUCUAGUUGACCCGUUAAAGUGUGCAUCUGUGUUGUUCCCCCACCCGGUUCACUUGAGAUAUUGAUCAGUAGUGAUACUAACUGACUGUCCUAAAAACCAGCAAAAUUACAUUCAGUGUGGAUGCAAUGUAGCUUCAUCAAACAAGAAAGAUUUUUUUUUUGUCCCCCUUAACCCAGAUGACCCCUGACCUUAACCUAACAUGUAAAUCACAACUGUCCAACAAUGAGUUUAAAACGGAGAUUUGACGUUGAAAGAAAGAACAAAAUUUGCUUCCAAUUUGAAAGAACCAAAAAAUAUAUAUAUUUUUUUUUCUUUGAAUCAGGUCGGACUAGAACUAGAUUAAUGUGUGUGUAUUUUUUUUUCCACGAGAUGAAUGCAGGAUUUAAUUAACUGCAUAACUCAAGACUCCACUGGUGUGCUGAAAUGACAUCUUUCACAUCCUCUUGCAGUUAAUAACUUCACUGCAAUCAAUCAGUGUCACAUUAAAGAGAAGGUACUGCUUGUAGCUCCACAAGUAGAAAUAAUGAAUUUAAAAAAAAUCUAGAGGCUAGAGAGGAGGCCUUUUUUUCUAUUUCAGCUAAUCUCUUUAAAAUGUGAUACAAACUUUGAAAAAACUAAUAAGGAAAAAAAAACAGGAGAGGAGGCAAACAUCUGAGUGUCUUAAGGGUUCGCAUUUACCUUAUCAGAUUUAUACAUGUGUUUGGAUUGAAUUUUGUAAUAUUUAAGAACUAUUUAAGACUAUAUUUUAUGCAAAAUACACAAGUUUAACACUUGUUAAAGAGUCCAGUAAGUCCCUUGAGACCCUAAAUGUCUACACUGACAGGCUUUGAUCCUGUAGGAUUUGUACAUAUGUAAUUGUGCUGAUGCUUGUGAAUGUUGUGUAGUUUUUAAUUACAAGGAAAAAAAUGUUGUUUUGUACAUUGUAAUUUAUUUGCUGGUUUCAAUGUUGUACUGGAAUUACAGAAACACCAAAGAAUAAUAAUAUCAGUUUUGGUGAUGCAUAGUACCCUGCUGAUGGUUUUUGUUUUUUUGUUGUUGUUGUUUUGUUUUGUUUUUCAGAUUCACCUUUUAACUUUUUGAGUUUAUAUUUUUUAUUUGUGCUCUGUAAAAGAAGAAACAUUUACUUGAAUAGGCUGUGUAAUGUGAAAAGUCCCUCUCCCCCCGCAUGCCUUUUGUAGUGAUCUGUCUUUCAUAUUGAGGUGCAUGGUGCCAUUGGAUAAUAAUGGAUGGAGAAAAAGAGAGAGAGAGAGAGAUGAAUCAGCUAUGAUUGUGCAGACCUUUGAUGUUCAAGAAUUAAUUUACAAUAUAAAAAAAAUCAUGCUAAAAUUUAAUAAUAAAAA